AUGGCCGACAUCACAACACUGGACAAUAAGGUAGUCAAAAACGGCAUAAAAAUGAAAGGCUUGAAACAAGCUCAAGAAAAGCUGGAUGACUCUCAACCUCAAGUUCAUGAACCUUUGGUGCUUGAUGCGCAGCUAAAGAUAAAAGCAGAUGUAGAUUCAACCUUGAGCUACAGAAGGUCAUGUAGGGAAGGCGUAUGUGGUUCAUGUGCCAUGAACAUCGACGGUACCAACACGGUCGCAUGCCUCAAGCCCAUUGACACCAACACUAGCAAAGCGAUUAUAAUAACGCCACUCCCUCAUAUGUUCGUGAUCAAAGACCUUGUCGUUGAUCUCACAAAUUUCUAUCAACAAUACAAGUUGAUCGAGCCAUGGCUCAAGGCAAAGAAACUGCCAGAGGAUGGCCGAGAAUUCAGGCAGUCACCUGCGGAUAGGAAGAAGCUAGAUGGGCUGUAUGAGUGUAUACUGUGCGCUUGUUGCAGCACAUCCUGUCCGUCCUACUGGUGGAACCCAGAAGAGUUCCUGGGACCCGCAGCGCUUCUUCAGGUUUACCGUUGGAUGUCUGACAGCCAAAAUGAUUUCGCAAAGGAGAGGUUGCAAGCUUUAACAGAAGACAUGAAGAAGCUGUGCAGAUGCAGGACUAUACAAAACUGCACAAAAACAUGCCCCAAGAGCCUCAACCCUGCUAAAGCUAUUUCCAUGAUGAGUGGCCAACACCUUCUCUCCUAUCCCAUUUCGAUUGGUUGAUCUUUAUCUAUGCCCUAUGUUUUCUUUUCUCUUAUCGUCAGCAAUGUUUUCAUUAGUUGAUACAUGUUUAGUGAUUUGUGAUACAUAUGGUUUCUGACUUUCAAAAGAUGGGACGGUUAUAGAGUU